UUCCCUCUGUGUUCGGAUCAUCCUCCCUCCCCGCCAUCUGAAUAUAAAAAAAAAAAAACAAAUUACUCUCGUUUCGGAGAUCCAAUUUCACGGUCACAUUACCGGCCGUCGGAAAAUGAAUCCGGAGUAUGACUACUUGUUCAAGCUUUUGCUAAUUGGAGAUUCAGGAGUGGGCAAAUCUUGUCUUCUGCUUAGAUUUGCUGAUGACUCAUAUCUCGACAGUUAUAUCAGCACAAUUGGUGUCGACUUUAAAAUUCGCACCGUGGAUCAAGAUGGAAAGACCAUCAAGCUACAAAUUUGGGAUACUGCUGGACAAGAAAGGUUCAGGACAAUCACCAGUAGCUACUAUCGUGGGGCCCAUGGAAUUAUAAUAGUUUAUGAUGUUACUGAUGUGGAAAGUUUCAACAAUGUUAAGCAAUGGUUGAGUGAAAUUGACCGUUAUGCUAGUGAAAAUGUAAACAAGCUUCUUGUUGGUAACAAAUGUGACCUUGCCGAGAGCAGGGCUGUUUCAUAUGAUACUGCAAAGGAAUUUGCGGAUGAUAUUGGCAUUCCGUUUAUGGAAACAAGUGCUAAAGACGCCACCAACGUGGAGCAAGCUUUUAUGGCUAUGUGUGCUGAUAUCAAGAACAGGAUGGCAAGUCAACCUUCAUCAAACAAGAGGCCACCUACUGUGCAGAUCAAAGGACAACCAAUCAACCAAAAGAGUGGCUGCUGCUCAUCUUAGGUUAUAGAUCAUCGCCAUCAUUUAUUAUAUGGGCUGUAAAGAUUGUUCACUGCAUUUGCCUGCAGUUCCAGUCUCUUACCAACCAGAACCAGAAUCCAUUUUUUUUUUUUUUUUGUUUAAAUGUUUAGAUAAGGGGGCAUUUUGGCAGACUUAUGACAGUGUUUCAAAUAAUAUACCAAUUGGGUAGUCUUUUUCCCUUCAUAAUGUGUUUAGAACAUUUUAUGUAAA